UCACAAGCUAUUUUUAAUCGUCUGGCAGCGCGGGAGUUGUUGUUCUUGUGUUCUUUGCUGGACUUUAUUUGUACGUUUAAACUUAGUAUCAGGUGAAGGAAACGUUUUCAGACAACAUGCAGCGGAGCAUCGCAUCAUUUUUUCAACCCAAGAGCAAAGAUAAGGAGGACAAUCAGAAGAAAACUGCAAGUAAAACAGAAAAGAAGCCUGUCAAGAGCCCCCUGAAGGUGCAGAACGGUGCUCAGGAAGCGGAUUCACCCAUCAAGAAGGUUGCCAAACGCAGCCGUCAAAUCCUGGACAGCGACGAAGACGAGGCUCCGACUGUUAAAGAACAAGCUGCCACCAAGGGACACGGAGACAAAGAAGCUAAAACGGAGACGAAGGAUGACGAGUUUAAAGCCGUCCCCACCCCGCUGUCUCCACCACCAGCCCCAGCUACACCCGUAACCCCCGCCACCCCGUCCUCUUCGGCUUCUCCUGGGACCCCCAGCACUCCCAGUUCCAUCUCCCCGACGGGGAUCACCAAACGCAAGACUGCGAGGAAAAUGUUCCCCAAGAGGAAGCUGGACGAGAGCAGGAGCAGCAGCAGCGAGAGUCAGAAAGAGGAGACUGAGGUCACGGAGGAACAGGGUCAGCAUAACAAACGACCUCGUGUGGAGAGCUGUGUCAGCAGUGCAGGGAACACCGACGAACCCAUGGAGGAGGGAGCAGAGGAAGAAAGGGUUGAAAAGGCAGCGACCGAGGCUAACGGACCAGAUGAGGAGGUGGAGAACAAAAAGAAAGGAGAAGCAGAGAAGGCCAAGAAGGAGGAGGAGCAGGUAGAAAAGAAGAGCUCGGAUGAGAAAGAAAAGAAAGCUGAGGGGGCGGGAAAGAAAAAUGAAGCAACGGAGAAGACUGAUGAUGAGAAAGGGCCCGCCGUUGCCAAAGAGGAGGGGGUUGAAAAGGACACGCAAGACACAGGGAGCCCGAAAAGUCAAACGGUUGGAAAAAAGCAGAAAGAGGCAAAGGAGCAGAAAGAUAAGGAGCCGGCCAAGAAACCCCCAAUCAGCAGUUUCUUUGCUCCCAGGAAAGCAGCAGUGAAGACGGGCAAAACGGAGACGAACCCUGAGGGAGAGAAGAAGACAAAUACAGAAAAGAAGAACUUGGGGCAGGAGCGUAAAGACAAAAUGGGCGACUCGACCUCGGGACCGACAGACUUCGAUCCUUCCCGGCCGAACUACCACCCGCUGGAGCACGCCUGCUGGCAACAAGGCCAAAAAGUGCCGUACUUGGCAGUGGCUCGCACUUUUGAGAAAAUUGAAGAGGACUCUGGCAGGCUGAGGAACAUCGAGACGCUGUCGAACCUGCUUCGCUCCGUGCUGCUGCUCUCUCCAGAUGACCUGCUGUGCUGCGUGUACCUGUGUUUGAACCAGCUGGGCCCUGCCUACCUCGGGAUGGAGCUCGGCGUCGGGGAAACGGUGCUGAUGAAAGCCGUCGCUCAAGCAACCGGGCGACAAUUGGACAAAAUUAAAGCGGAAGCGCAGGAGAAGGGAGAUUUGGGCCUUGUGGCCGAGAGCUCCCGUAGCAACCAGCGCAUGAUGUUCCAGCCGGCCAGCCUGACUGCGGGGGGCGUGUUCAGGAAAUUGAAGGAAAUUGCCAGCAUGAGUGGGAACUCGGCCGUGAAUAAGAAAAUCGACAUCAUCAAAGGCCUCUUUGUGGCAUGCCGCUUUUCAGAGGCCCGCUACAUUGUCAGGUCCCUGGCUGGGAAGCUGAGGAUUGGCCUCGCUGAACAAAGUGUGCUUUCUGCUCUGAGCCAAGCGGUCUGUUUGACCCCACCUGGACAAGCUUUUCCUCCUGCUGUGAUCGACGCAGGGAAGGGUAUGAGCUCUGAGAGCAGGCGGGCCAUGAUCGAAGAGAAGAGUCUGAUUCUGAAACAAACCUACUGCGAGAUGCCCAAUUAUGACGCCAUCAUCCCCGUUUUGCUAAAAGAAGGCAUUGACCAGCUGCCCAAACACUGCAAGCUAACUCCAGGCGUACCGCUGAGACCCAUGUUGGCUCACCCCACCAAGGGUGUAGGCGAGGUGAUGAAGAGGUUUGACGAGGCGGCAUUCACCUGCGAGUACAAAUACGACGGGGAGCGGGCACAGAUUCACAUUCUGGAGAGCGGUGAAGUUCGGAUAUUCAGCCGCAACCAGGAAGACAACACCAGCAAAUACCCCGAUAUCAUCUCUCGCAUUCCCAAGACAAAGAAGGACUCUGUGGUGUCUUGUGUUCUGGACACCGAGGCCGUUGCAUGGGAUCGUGAGAAGAAACAGAUCCAACCCUUCCAGGUCCUCACCACCCGGAAAAGAAAGGAUGUGGAUGCCUCAGAGAUCAAAGUCCAAGUGUGUGUGUACGCCUUUGACCUCCUCUAUCUCAACGGAGAGUCUCUGGUGCGACAGCCGCUGUGUCGGCGUCGGGAGCUGCUGAGAGAGAGCUUCACCGAGGUGGAGGGCGAGUUUCAGUUUGCCCGUUCCAUCGACUCCAACAACACUGAUGCCAUCGCAGAGUUUCUGGAGCAGUCUGUCCGAGACUCCUGUGAAGGCCUGAUGGUGAAGACUCUGGAGAAAGAUGCUACCUACGAGAUUGCCAAGCGCUCUCAUAAUUGGCUCAAGCUGAAGAAGGAUUACCUUGAAGGAGUGGGGGACACCAUGGAUCUUUGUGUGAUCGGCGCCUAUCUGGGAAAAGGCAAAAGGACGGGCACGUACGGUGGCUUCCUGCUGGCCUGCUACGAUGAAGAAAACGAGGAGUUUCAGUCCGUCUGCAAGAUCGGGACGGGCUUUAAGGAUGAAGAUCUGGAGCAGCAUUACAAGUUUUUAAAGGAGCACAUUCUGCCUAACCCGCGUGCCUACUACCGCGUGGACCAAUCAGCAGAGCCCGACGUGUGGCUGGACGCCGUUCAGGUUUGGGAGGUGAAGUGCGCCGACCUCUCGCUGUCACCCGUCUACAAGGCUGCCAUGGGAAUGGUGGAUCCAGAGAAGGGCAUUUCUCUCAGGUUCCCUCGAUUCCUCCGGAUCAGAGAUGACAAGAAGCCUGAGGACGCCACGACUGGAGCUCAGAUCGCCGAUUUGUACAAGAAGCAGCAGCAGAUUCAGAAUCAAGGAGACAAAGCGGACCCAGAGGACUACUACUGAUAAUCUGCAGCCGUCAGCAGGG